AUGUCCGAGAAGUCGGAGCAGGAAGAGUCGACCUCAACGCACGACGAAUGCCGCGUCUGUGGGACCACGCCGGCCUCCUCGCACUUCGGGAUCAACUCGUGUCGCAGCUGUGAGUUUAGCGUCGGAAUUGACGCGCUUUGACGGGACCUUAGGGACCUCUGAUAUGAGUUUAUAUUGCUGUUUUAGGCGCCGCAUUCUUCCGUCGAUCCAUUGUGUUGAAUCGAAAGUAUAGCUGUCGAUUUGGAGGAGAAUGUGAUAUUGAAAAAGGUAUGGUAAAUUUGCAUUCAUUGUGAGAUAUAUGAUUUUUAAUUCAGUAGCUUCUCCGUUGACUAUGAGUUAAAAAUGUAAAUUGAUGACAAAUUUCAGACGCCCGCACGACGUGCGCUCAUUGCCGGCUAAAGAAAUGCUUGACCAUGGGAAUGGAGACGAAAAGUAAGUGUUUUAUGAUUUGUUUUUCUGCGUGUAGGCAAAAAGUGAUGACAAAAACAAAGCUGAAGCGAGCACUGGUGUUUUAAAGCUGGGCUGAAGGAUUUGCAUUACUGCAUUUUUUCAAAAUUUUGUCGCAAAGCGCCUUGGAAUCGCCCAUUUUCGCAUUGCGACGGCUAGCCACAGCUGGAUAUUCGAUGGGUAACUGCAAACUUUUUUCGACGAGGCGAAAAAUCUCGAUACGACGAGCCGCCACUAUUUUCCCGACAGGCUGACGGAACAAUAGUUUUUUGGCCCUAUUUAGCUUCUUAGAUUAUGACAAUAACUUUAUAUUUCCAAUCUCUAGCCAUCAUGUUUCAGAUAUCCGCCACUACUUCGACAAGAAUGGUCCCCGCUCUGCGCGCAGUUCGAUCAGCCACUCCGAGAAGUCGGAACGAAUCUACAAGACUUCUCCCGUCCCCACUCCCCCGAGCGCCCCACAACAAGUGGAUCCGCAUAUGCCAAGUCUAGUUACUGGAUAUCGCAAGUACUUGGAGGACACAAAGACCUUGUACAUUGCGUUGCAUCCAGAGAACGUUUUCACUCAGGAAAUCACCUUCAAGCUGGUCACCAUCGAAGAGCACGCACAGUUCGAUCGCGCCUGCAUCGUGUACUAUGUGAAGAUGCUGAACGAGUAUUUCCGGCCGUUCAUCGACUUUACAAGAGAGGAAAAGGUAAGUUGAAGUGGAGAAAAUGUUGAUUUGAGUGGUUUGGUAGUUGUGGGCCGUUGGCCGAGUGUUGGACAUGCUCGAUUCUUUCAAAUUUAGCAAAUGCUUUCAAAUUAGGUUGUCGGGAAAAUAAUCAGAGCAAUUUCACUGCGCCGAUCGUGUCGCUGCAGUGAAAAGCAAUUUUAUUUUGCCGCGACACAAUUAAUUUCCUAGGCAGCGAUGCGAUUUUUUAUGCGGCACAGAAUGUUCAUUAUUUUCCCGACAGACUAAUAUGUGCUUUCAUAAAUUACUAAAAGCUUAGCUUGCAAUUUUAAGUUAUUUCCACCAUUUUAGUAAGCAAUUUUGGCAAAUGGGAGAGUACUUCUCCUACUCAACAUCUUUCUCUGAUUUUUCGCGUUUGUUGCCGUAACUUCCGUUUUUGCGCUGGCCACGUCCACUGUUGCGAACGAAAGAUCCUAAUUUUUUUGGAAAAUUGUUUAUCGUAUAACAAAAACGGAAAGCAAAUAGGAGAAGGGAGAUAAGUUUUUGGUCUAUUUGAACCCACAAACCUCGCCUGUUUUUUUGGAAAAGCGAUCCUCGUGGCUCACAGUAGAAAUGAUCCCGUAACGGUUGUUGGUCGCGCAAAGUAAUGUCGCGACGCCGGCCGCACCCUGCGAAAAUAUGUUAAGACUUUUUGGCGCACUUUUCUUUAAAUUUUGCACACACGUCGGGUAUGGACUAGAUAUCAAUUCCUGAAAGUUUUAGCUCGCGCUUUGCGGGCGCCGCCGAGAUAUCGAACGAUUUUUUGCCGCCGAGAGAGCACGCUCAACGUGGAGAGCGGUCAGAGAGAAAUGCGCUUUUCGGCCAUAACUUUGGCAGUUUCGUGCGGAAAAAUUUGAUUUUUUGUAGAAACAUUAUUCUUUACGGUAGAAAUAGGCAUGAAAGUUUUCGUGCCGAAAUUCGGCAAAAAGUCCUAAAUUUUCGCCGACUUUUGAUCUAAAAAUCUCGGUUGUUUCUGCAAAGCGCGAGCUAGGAUUUUCGCAUAUACCUUAGAUAAAAUUAUUCUAAAUUUGUGGCAAGUUUCAUCAAAAUCUGAGCGUCGCACUUGGAGUACUUCCCCUGUUAGUAAAAUAAUAUGCCAAAUUUCAUCCGAUAUAUAUCGAAGUGUCGUUUCAGAUGACGAUUGUCGAGAAGUACCAUUUAUUCUUCAGUCUGCUGAAUCAGAACUACCUGAACACUCUGUACUUCUCCGAUGACAAAUCCAAAUUGCUACUGAGCUACGGGAAUUACGUGGUUCGCAAUGGAUGUGCGCAUUUCUUCUCAAAAACAACAACUGACAUCGACAGGUGAGCCCUACUAUAAUGUUUUGUUGUUCUUUGCCGAAAAAUAGGAAAUGUUUCGUCGACAAAUUCAGCCGUUUUGUAACGAGAACUAAUUCAAGAAUAGUGUUGCCAGGUCCUUCGUCAACGUCAGAGACAAGUUCCACAAGAUCGCGGACAAGUUCAUUCAUGUGAGGCCGGAUGAGACGGAGGUUGCCGCGCUGGCUGGGAUAUUGCUGUGGAGGGAAGGUGAGAAAAAAAUUUUGUUAAUAUCAGUCUGUCGGGAAAAUAACGGCGGAUCGUCGCAUCAAAAUGUCUCGCCUCACCGCUAUCGCGCGAUAAAUCUCCAGCUUCGGCAGCCGUCGCAAAGCGAUGAUGGGCGAUUCCGAGGAGCGACGAUCCGCCGUUAUUUUCCCGACAGACUGAUAUACAUUCUUAAUUAUCAUAAGCAGAAUGUAUAAUAUAUCAGUUUGUCGGGAAAAUAAUGUGGAUUUUUGGCGCCUUGGAAUUUAAUUGCUUUGCGACGGUUAACCGUCGCUGGAGAUUUGUUGCGUGACUCUGACGAGGGGAAAAAUUUUGCCGCGACAAAUCCACAUUAUUUUUCCGACAGACUGAUAUAUAUGUAUGUGUGUUACCGUUGGGUACAAAAAGUUCUGAAAAGUUACCGCUGCUGCAGAAAAGAUCAUAUCAGUCUGUCGGAAAAAUAAUGUGGAUUUGAAAUCAGUGUGUCGGGAAAAUAAUGUGGAUUCGGAUCCUGCUCAUACCGCAACAACGUACAUCGCUUGAAUUAUCGAAUGAUCGGAAAAAUAGGAAUUGCGGGCGACAAAAUCCAAAAAAACCAAUUGCACCGUGCAAACCCACUUUUUGGGCCGGGCGCACAGUGCAAGAUCAAUUUUUCAAAGAGCGACAAAAUUAACGAAAUUAUCGCCCCACAUGCACAGUGCAGAAUCACAAAAUUUUCCCAGGACUUUUUUGUCACGAUUAUAAUCUCAGUCUGUCGGGAAAAUAAUGUGGAUUUGUUGCGCUUUGGACUCAUUUCAUCAUUGUUUUGGGAAGGGCUAGCCGCUGCUAGAGGUUUAGCUGCGACGAAGGGAGAAAUUUUUUCUGAUAAAUCCACUUUAUUUUCCCGACAAACUGAUAAUUUUGAGUCUAAAAUACGAUAUAAUUUCAUUACUACAGUUUUCUACAAGCUCUAUUCUUAUUUUUUUAGCAAACUCCCUGUAUCCGGACCGCGGCUACGACCUGAUUUUGGAGCAAAUCCUUGCCGAGCUUUGCGAAUACUGCAAGUUGAAGUAUGGCACGUUGACGUACGGCUUGAAGUUUGGCACUCUGAUGUGCCUACUCCGCGACCUCGAAGACUCUUCGGCCACGCUGAACGAGAGCAUGUUCAUGGGCAUCUUGAUUGUGGACAAGUUCCCUCCGGCGAACAUUCGGACCAUUUUCACUUGA